AUGUCGCACGCCCAGGUUCUCAAACACGUCCGAGCCGUAUGGGGAGAUUUCCUCCAGCUCAGUGGCCUAGAGCCCACGCUGUUGUCUCAGCUUUCCAUCGACUCUGCUGAACGCGGAAAGGUCCGACUCGGCCUCACCGUCGCCAAGGAGCACACCAACCGGCUUCAAAUCCUUCACGGAGGCACAAUUGCGUCUCUGGUUGAUCUCGGAGGCUCCAUGGCCGUCGCUUCUUCCGGAGCUUUCGCUACCGGCGUGUCUACCGACAUCAACGUCUCCUACAUUGGCUCCGGAGGCAAGAUUGGCAACAAGAUCAUCAUGGACUGUUUGUUGGAUAACAUGGGCCGAUCCCUGGCCUACACCUCCGUUGACUUCUACAACGCCUCGGAUCUAUCUCUGUUUGCUCGAGGACGACACACAAAGUACAUCAAGCACGCCCUCAAGGACCCUCGGAAUGUCGAGUUUUGA